UAGCUCUGCGGCAGCCGCAGCCUCAUUAACCCGAGCCGGGGCUGGAGCUGCAGCAGUCGCCGACUGGAGCGCGAGCGCUGCUUGUUGCUGCCGAGGAUAACUGCGCGCAGAGAGCUGUCGCCAUGCCUCACUCUUACCCAGCCCUUUCUGCUGAGCAGAAGAAGGAACUGUCUGACAUCGCGCUCCGGAUCGUGGCCCCAGGCAAAGGCAUUCUGGCAGCAGAUGAGUCUGUAGGAAGCAUGGCCAAGAGACUGAGCCAAAUUGGGGUGGAGAACACGGAGGAGAACCGUCGGCUGUACCGCCAGGUCCUGUUCAGUGCCGACGACCGUGUGAAGAAGUGCAUUGGAGGUGUCAUCUUCUUCCAUGAAACCCUCUACCAGAAAGACGAUAAUGGUGUCCCCUUCGUGCAUACGAUCCAGGAUAAGGGCAUUGUCGUGGGCAUCAAGGUAGACAAGGGUGUGGUGCCUCUGGCCGGGACUGAUGGAGAAACUACCACUCAAGGGCUGGAUGGGCUUUCGGAACGCUGUGCCCAGUACAAGAAGGACGGUGCCGACUUUGCCAAGUGGCGCUGUGUGCUGAAAAUCAGUGAGCGCACGCCCUCAGCACUUGCCAUUCUGGAGAAUGCCAAUGUGCUGGCCCGCUAUGCCAGCAUCUGCCAGCAGAAUGGCAUUGUGCCUAUUGUGGAACCUGAGAUCCUACCCGAUGGGGACCAUGACCUCAAACGUUGCCAGUAUGUUACAGAGAAGGUCCUGGCUGCUGUGUACAAGGCUCUGAGUGACCAUCACGUAUACCUGGAGGGGACACUGCUGAAGCCCAACAUGGUGACUCCUGGCCAUGCCUGUCCCAUCAAGUAUAGCCCAGAGGAGAUUGCCAUGGCAACUGUGACUGCCCUGCGUCGCACUGUGCCCCCAGCUGUCCCAGGAGUGACCUUCCUGUCUGGGGGUCAGAGUGAAGAGGAGGCAUCGCUCAACCUCAAUGCCAUCAACCGCUGCCCCCUUCCCCGGCCCUGGGCCCUCACCUUCUCCUAUGGGCGUGCCUUGCAGGCCUCUGCACUCAAUGCCUGGCGAGGGCAACAGGACAACGCUGGGGCUGCUACUGAGGAGUUCAUCAAGCGGGCUGAGGUGAAUGGUCUUGCAGCCCAGGGGAAGUAUGAAGGCAGUGGGGAAGAUGGUGGAGCGGCUGCACAGUCCCUCUACAUUGCUAACCAUGCCUACUGAGAACCUACUCCACACUGCAACCCUCGGCCCAGCCACCUGUACCCACUCUUGCCUGUAGUCUCGGCUGGGGCCAAAUAGCAGAAAUGCUUUCAUUCAGCACCAAGUCAUCUUCCUUUUCUCUCCUCCCCUUCCCUUUCCCAUUGCUUACCUGGGACCAUAGGAUGGGAGGAUGGGGAGUCCCUUAUGACUGAGGGCAGGAGAACUUGGUAGAAGUCAGGGCAGGGUGCCUGCGUGUCCCCCUACCUCUGCUAGCCUCCACACUUUUCCCAUGAUGGUAUAGCUUCACCUUGGGCUCUCCUUGCUGGCCCUCUCUCCUGGGAUCAGAGGGUAGAACAUUAGUCUGACUCAUGCCUUGAAUACAUACUGCAGAGCAAAUAAAUGGUAGCAAAACAUG